AUGGUAAUGGUCAUAUAAACCUUAAAUUCUCACUCAGCCAGUCAUAUGUUAUUAAAAAACCUCUUUGGUAAAUGUAUCCUAAAAAACUAAAAGAAUUAGUUGAUAUCAAAUAUCUAUAUUAUCCAUCUAUUCCAAAAUCCUGAAAUAAAUCUGAAAUGGUCAUAUCAAUUUUUUCUUGAAAUUACUGUAAAUGCUCUUUAAUUAAGAAACAAUGAAAUUGGUGCAUCAGGUGCAUCAGACUUAGGCUCUGCUUUAGCUGAUUGCACUAAUCUCUCAAAUUUGACACUUUUUCUUGAUGGAAAUUAAAUUGGUGCAACAGGUGCAUCAACUUUAGGUUCUGCUUUAGAAAAUUGCACUAAUCUCUCAAAUUUGACACUUGAUCUUAAAUCCAAUGAAAUUGGUGAUUAAGGUACAUCAGACUUAGGCUAUGCUUUAGCUAAUUGCACUAAUCUCUCACAUUUGGCACUUUAUCUUUAUGGAAAUUAAAUUGGUGCAACAGGUGCAUCAGCUUUAGGUUCUGCUUUAGCAAAUUGCACUAAUCUCUCAAAUUUGAUACUUGAUCUUAAUGAUAAAUGUACAUCAGGCUUAGGUUCUGCUUUAGCAAAUUGCAUUAAUCUCUCAAAUUUGACACUUAAUCUUCGUUACAAUCAAAUUGGCGAUAAAGGUGCAUCAGGCUUAGGUUCUGCUUUAGCAAAUUGCAUUAAUCUCUCAAAUUUAACACUUGAUCUUUGUUCUAAUAAAAUUGGUUCAAUAGGUGCAUUAGACUUAGGUUCUGCUUUAGCAAAAUGCAUUAAUCUCUCAAAUUUAACACUUGAUCUUCGUUACAAUCUAAUUGGUAAACUUGGUGCGUCAGACUUAGGUUCUGGUUUAGCAAAUUGCAUUAAUCUCUCAAAUUUGACACUUCUGCUUUCUUAUAAUCAAAUUGGUUAACUUGGUGUGUCAAACUUAUGUUCUGCUUUAGCAAAUUGCAUUAAUCUAUCAAAAUUGACUCUUGAUCUUUGUGAAAAUUAAAUUGGUCCAAAGUGUGCAUCAGGCUUAGGUCCUACUUUAGCAAAUUGCAUCAAUCUCUCAAAUUUGACACUUGAUCUUAGAUAAAAUGGAAUUGGCGAUGAAGGUGCAUCAGGCUUAGGUUUUGGUUUAUCAAAUUGGAUUAAUCUCUCAAAUUUGAUACUUAACCUUGAUAAUAAUGAAAUUGGAGCAAUAGGUGCAUCAGGCUUAGGUUCUGCUUUAACAAAAUGCAUUAAUCUAUCAAAUUUGACAAUUGAUCUUUGGUCCAAUAAAAUUGGUCCAAUGGGUGCAUCAGGCCUAGGUUCUGCUUUAGCAAAUUGCUUUAAUCUUUCAAAUUUAACACUUAACCUUAAUUUCAAUAAAAUUGGCAAUGAAGGUACAUCAGGCUUAGGUUCUGCUAUAGCAAAUUGUAUUAAUCUCUCAAAUUUGACACUUUUGCUUUCUAAAAAUUAAAUUGAACCAAUGAGUGCAUCAGGCUUAGGUUCUGCUUUAACAAAUUGCAUUAAUCUCUCAAAUUUGACACUUGAUCUUAGUGGAAAUUAAAUUGGUAAGAAAGGUGCAUCAGGCUUAGGUUCUGCUUUAGCAAAUUGUAUUAAACUCUCAAAUUUAACACUUAGCCUUAAUUCCAAUAAAAUUGGUCCAAUGGGUGCAUCAGGCUUAGGUUCUGCUUUAGCAAAUUGCUUUAAUCUCUCAAAUCUAACACUUAGCCUUAAUGAAAAUUAAAUUGGUGCAAUUGGUGUAUCAGGCUUAGGUUCUGCUUUAGCAAAGUGCAUUAAUCUCUCAAAUUUGACGCUUAACCUUUAAAAGAAUUAAAUUGGUAAUGAAGGUGCAUUAGGCUUAAAUUCUGCUUUACGAAAGUGCAUUAAUCUCUAAAAUUUAAUACUUGAUCUUAGUUUCAAUUAAAAUGGUGAUUAAGGUAUAUCAGACUUUGGUGCUGCUUUAGCUAAUUGCACUAAUCUCUCAAAUUUGACACUUUAUCUUAGUGACAAUUUAAUUGUUGAUUAAGGUGCAUCAGACUUAGGUUUUGCUUUAGCUAAUUGUAAAAAUCUCUCAAAUUUGGAUCUUUAUAUUGGUAACAAUUAAAUUUCUGAUUAAGGAGCAUCAGAUUUAGGUUCUGCUUUAAAAAAUUGCACUAAUCUCUCAAAUUUAUCACUUGAUCUUUCUGGAAAUUAUAUUAGUGCAACGGGAGCAUCAGACUUAGGUUCUGCUUUAGCUAAUUGCACUAAUCUCUCAAAUUUAACACUUGAUAUUAGUUACAAUUAAAUUGGUGCGAUAGGUGCAUCAAAUUUAGGUUCUGCUUUAGCUAAUUGCACUAAUCUCUCAAAUUUGACACUUGGUCUUGAUAGAAAUUAAAUUUGUGCAACAGGUGCAUCAGACUUAGGUUCUAAUUUAGCUAAAUGCACUAAUCUCUCAAAUUUAACACUUUAUUUUGGUUAAAAUUAAAUUGGUGCAAAGGGUGCAUCAGGCUUAGGUUCUGGUUUAGCAAAUUGCAUUAAUCUCUCAAAUUUGUCACUUUAUCUUGAUGGCAAUAUAAUUGGUGCAAAGGGUGCAUCAGACUUAGGUUCUGGUUUAGCAAAUUGCAUUAAUCUCUCAAAUUUGUCACUUUACCUUUAUUAAAAUUAAAUUGGUGCAAAGGGUGCAUCAGGCUUAGGUUCUGGUUUAGCAAAUUGCAUUAAUCUCUCAAAUUUGACACUUCAGCUUGGUUACAAUGAAAUUGGUGAUGAAGGUGCAUCAGGCUUAGGUUCUGGUUUAGCAAAUUGCAUUAAUCUCUCAAAAAUGACACUUAACCUUAAUUAAAAUUAAAUUGGUGCAAAUGGUGCAUCAGGCUUAGGUUCUGGUUUAGCAAAUUGCAUUAAUCUCUCAAAUUUGACACUUGACCUUGGUAUCAACGUCACUCCAUGUAGUUGCCGGAGCUUCCGUAAAGAUUGA